GGACUCCGGCGGGAGUGGCGUAAUGACGCCGGUCAAUGCCGAGUCCAUCGUGGACAAGGAACAUAUUGGCCUGCACGAAGCCCCCUUGUCAGACUCUUCCAACAGCGUGGCCGUUGAGCCGAUUGCCUUGAGCGUGAAGCGGUUCCUCUCCCUCCGCCAUGGCGACAACAACAGGCCACACGCUGCUGCAAUCGUCAUGGAGAAUGUAACAGUUGAAGGUAGUGGCACAGGCGCCCUUCCCGCCCCUAGCGUUCUGACAGCGGCAAAAGGUGGUUUCGGCCUGUUGGAGCCUAUCCAAAGUCGCCUACAUCGUCCAUCGUCACGACCUAUUCUGCGUGACUUUUCUGCUGCCAUUCAGCCAGGCGAGAUGGUGUUGGUGAUUGGAAAGCCCGGCAGUGGCUGUACCACGUUCCUGAAGACGCUUGCGGGCAUGUGGAGCGAGUAUGCGGCCGUCCAAGGUACCUUGACAUUUGGAGGACAGUCUAUGGAAGAUAUCAUAGAGAAUGACCCCCAGGACGUCGUGUUCUGCGGCGAGUCUGAUGACCACUUCCCGACCUUGACCGUCUUCGAGACAUUGCGAUUCGCAAUGAGAGCCCGCUGCGGGCCCAAGCCAUCCUCAUCAGAGAUUGACGAGAGAGUGCAACAUCUAGCGCAACUGGUCGGACUUGGACAUGUGCUCAAUACCAAGGUUGGAGACGCGUAUGUUCGGGGUGUCAGUGGUGGUGAGAGACGCCGUGUCUCGUUGGCUGAGGCGCUGGCGACAUGUGCACGCUUAAUAUGCCUGGAUAAUCCGACCAAUGGCCUGGACUCGUCGACGGCCCUCGAAUUCAUAGAGAUGAUGCGGGAGUGGACAGUGCAGAGUCAGUGCGUGGCCGCAAUGAGCGUGUACCAAGGCAGUGAUGCUAUUGUUCCAUACUUUGAUAAAGUCGUUGUCAUCAAUGCCGGACGGCAGAUUUUCUAUGGAACUAUCCAGGCCGCCAAAGCGUACUUUCUAAGCCUGGGCUUCGAGUGUUCAUCCGCCACUACCACCACAGACUUCUUGAACUCCAUGUCCGCGAACCCGGAGGUUCGCCGUGUGCAUGAAGCUCACCAAGAUCGGGUUCCUCGCACACCCGACGAGUUCCAGCAAGAAUUCCGACGCAGCCCUCACUUUGGAGAGCUGGUGUCCGCUGUGCGGGCGGCCAAAUCGCUUCCUGCGGCGAUCCGUUCGGCCAAGUCAGAUCAAUAUGCUUUGCCACUUUAUCAACAAAUCGCUUACUGCACAACGCGGCAGGUGCGCAUUAUUCAGCACAACUAUAGCUCACUGGUUGUGGAGGCCCUGUGUAUUGUCGUCCAAAGUUUGAUCCUGGGAACCUUGUUCCGCAACCAGCAGCGCAGCACCGGGUCUUUCUUCAUCUUCGCCUCCGCGCUGUUCUACUCUGUCCUUGUUCCCGCGUUGCAGGCCAUGGCCGAGUUCCGCAGCACCUUCGCCCAACGACCGCUGAUUCUCAAGCAUAAGCGAUACCGGCUGUACCGGCCCAUGGCCUAUGGCUUUGGGUUGAUCAUGACGGAUAUCGUCUGGAAGAUCUUCGUCAUCUUCUGGAAUAUUCCCUUGUACUUCCUGACUGGUUUCCAGAUGAACGCGGCCAAGUUCUUCACCUGGUUCGUUGUGGUAUACAUCGAGCAUCUGGCUUUGUCCAUGUUCUUCCGCUCGGUCGCUGUGUUCUCGUCCAACAUGUACCGCGCCGUUCUUCCGGUCGGUAUCUUCUUCAAUAUGUACGUCUUGUACACGGGCCUCUACGUGCCGCCACCACAGAUGCAAGUGUGGCUCGGCUGGUUGAGAUUUCUGAAUCCCUUGCACUAUGGUUUCGAGUCUGUUAUGAUCAACGAGUUUGGCAACCUGAGCUACGAGUGCAGUACAGCAGACUUGGUCCCGUCAGGACCGGGCUACACCAACAUCGCCAAUCAGGUGUGCGCUGUGGUCGGCUCGGAGCCUGGCCAGCGACUGUUGUCCGGAAUGGCGUAUAUCAAGGCGCAGUAUGGCUUCGAAGAGGGGAAUCUGUGGCGCAACCUGGGCAUCAAUGCGGCAUUCUUCAUUGCCUUUGGCCUGGCCUCAGCUAUCGGUAUGGAACGUCUCAAGCAACCGGCCGGCCGUUUGGCGACUGUCUUCUAUCGUGGCAUGGGAUCCAAAAAGUCUUCUUCCCAACCAGGAUCCAAGUUGAGUGAUCAAGAGAGUGGAGAUCUGGAUCUAGACGUCCCUCCCGCACAGGGCAAGGUCAACACUCGCGACCGGAGCGCGACCAUCGAGUAUCGAUCUCGCAGUUUGACAUGGACAGAACUUAACUUUGAUGUGAAAACCAAGGAUGGUCAGAAGCGUCUCCUAAACAACCUGACCGGGUCUGUGUACAGUGGCCAAAUGAAAGCCCUGAUGGGUGUAUCGGGAGCUGGUAAGACGACUUUGCUGAAUGCAUUGGCGGGCCGGUCAAAGGUUGGCACCCUCACGGGAACAUUGGCGCUGAACGGACAGCUGCUACCCAAAUCUUUUAAUCGUCACAUGGGAUACGUGCAACAGCAGGACAUUCAUCUCCCCACGCAAAGUGUGCGAGAAGCAUUGCAAAUGACUGCCCGACUCCGCCGACCCCAAGACGUCUCCCUCGAGGAGAAGGACGCCUACGUGGAAGAAGUGAUUCGGUCGCUGGACAUGGAGUCAAUCGCAGACGCUCUGAUCGGUACACCCGGGGCUGGUCUUAACCUGGAACAGCGGAAGAAAGUCAGUAUCGGUGUGGAGAUGGCUGCGAAGCCGGAUAUUCUGUUCCUGGACGAGCCGACUUCGGGCCUCGACGGACAGUCGGCUUACUCCAUCGUUCGACUUUUACGACGACUCGCAGACUCCGGCCAGGCCAUCAUGUGCACCAUCCACCAACCCGCGGCGGAAUUGAUCGCAACCUUCGACGAACUAUACCUGUUGGCCCGCGGAGGACAGGUUGUGUACGACGGCCCCUUGGGAGACGAUUGUAAGCACGCUGUCGCUUACUUUGCGCAACAUGCUCGCCCGUGCCGCGAGAGAGAAAACCCCGCCGAGUACUUCCUCGAGGUGAUCGGCGCUGGGACACGACGGGACGUCCAGACCGAUUGGGCGGAGAUAUGGAAGCAGAGCCGUGAUCAGCCCCUAGGCAGCCAGAAUGCAAACGCAUUAUCGUCUCCCAAGGAUGAUUCAUCGUUGUCAUUGCACGCAGCCCCCUUCCACUACCAGAUGCUCGUAUUGCUCAAGCGAACCUGGCUUUACUAUUGGCGGGCGCCGGAUUAUGCUCAGGCCAAACUGUGGUUGAACGCGGGCAAUGCGUUGCUGAACGGCAUGACCUAUCUUAACUCUCCGCUGACACAACGAGGCGCUUACAACCGUGUCUUCUCUUCCUUCAUGUCCCUGAUUGUCGGUCCUCCGUUGGGGCUGCAAGUGCAACCGCGGUUCGUCACGCUGCGGAACAUUUUCGAACACCGCGAACGCGAGAGUCUGACCUAUCACUGGAUGGCGUUCAGCCUCUCGGCCAUUCUCGUUGAAUUGCCGUAUGCCUUCUGCACCUCCCUCGUGUACUGGCUGUUGUGGUAUUUCCCCGUGGGCUACUUCCGCGACUCCAACCAUGCUGGGUACAGCUUCUUGAUGUACCAGCUGUUCUCCGUGUUUGCGACCAGUUUGGCUCAACUGUGCGCCUCGCUUAUGCCCACGGUGGAAGCGGCGCUCUCGGCCAAUGGGUUCUUCUUCAUGUUUUGUAACACCUUCGCGGGCACACUGUCCCCAGCGCCGGUGACUCCAGCUGGAUGGCGCUGGUACUACAAGGUUUCGCCCCUGUUCUACAUGAACGAAGGCGUGGUGGUGGAUGUGCUGCAUGAUCUGCCCCUCCACUGUGCGAAGUCGGAGAUGUCCGUCUUCCAGCCACCGACCGGCACGAGCUGUUACCAGUAUGCGGCGGCCUUCCUGCAGAACGCCACGGGCUUCCUCCUCAACCCCAACAGCACAACUAGCUGCGAAUACUGUCCCUACAAAAACGGUCAAGCUUACUACACCCAAUAUGACUACAGCUAUAGCCACCGGGGCCGGAAUGUGGGCGUCUUUAUCGGCUUUAUUGCCUUCAAUUUCACGAUGGUAUUAGUGAUUACCUAUCUGACGCGUGUUCGUCGCCGU